AUGUCGUAUCCCUUUGGUAAUUAAUUUUCAGCAGGGAUGCCUAAUGCCAAAUACAAAACAACCCUUUGCAGGCACUAUCAAGGUACUAACAUUUAGAUUUUUAGCCACAAGACAAUGUGCCAUAGGAGCCAAAUGCCAAUUUGCUCAUGGACAUGAGGAAAUGAGAUCCAUAAAUGGUAUUAAUGAAUUUCAUAACCCAUAAGAUCCUAUACCGUCUGCCCUUAUCGCAGUUUUAGCAGUCCCUCCUCCUUUUUAGGAAAUUAUGAAACCAAUGAUCCCUUAAUAACCUGCUUUUAAAAGUAUUAAAAAUCUUUGAGGUUAGUCCCGUGCAAAUAUCAUGCUUAAAAUUAUUGCAAAAAUGGAUAAAACUGCCAAUAUUCUCAUGGUAUUCAAAUUUAAUAUAUACUGAGAUGUCGAUAUUUAACAACCCAUGAUUCCCAAUAUAAUUAACCCAUAUUAACCAUAAUACCCGUAAGUUGAAAUUAGAUAAGAAAUUAAGCAGGAAGAGCCAAUGACUACUGUAUUUAUCAUUAUAUUAUAAACCAUGGAAUAAAUAUUUUCGAAAGAUGUUAAUUAUUAUAAAAUAUUUAAGGAUAUCAUAUAAAAAUUAAAAAUUGCAUAAGAUCAAGUGAAAUGUGGUAAUUUGACAGUUGGUUCGGAAUGCAUUAAAGCCAUUAUGACAGAUCCAGAGAGAACAGAUGAUGAGAUAGAAUAGUAUACUACUAUAUAUAAGAAUGCAUGUUAUUAUUAUCAUCAAUUGUAAUAAGGUUGA